ACGCGAAGAUUACCUGUAUGGAGGAAGAAGGGAGAAAACCGCUGCGUUUCCUGUGAUCUGUUGUCUUGCAGGGAAUGGAGCUAGUGAACAAGCUCUUGAUAUCACAUCUGGUCAUUGAAUAUGUGAACGUUCUCAUCAGUUCAGUGUUCUUCAUUGUAUCAGCACAAGCUACUGUUGCCAAUGAGCUAAUAACAGUUGAUGUUUCUUUGUCUCCUGAUCGUGUUCCUCAAGGUGCAACACCAACAUUUUUCUGCAAAGUUACUGGAUUGGAACAAUUUGUCAAUGUGAAGUGGCUUAAAGACGGGCAUGCCCUGCCACAGGAUGCUAACAGAAUUCGGGCAAUAAAAUGGAACGGCUUUUACUUACUGCAAAUCAGAUAUUUGGAAUCAAGUGAUUCUGGGUUGUAUUCCUGUGUCGCUAGUAAUGCAGAUGUAACUCGAAAUGACAGUCAGUCUCUCUUUGUCAUUGUUCCACCUGUUAUACAAGAACCAGGUAGUGUGACUGUCAUAGAGGGCAAACCAGCAGUUCUCUACUGCAAUGCUACAAGCUAUCUCUUCAUUCGUUGGCAACACAAUGGCAAGUAUGUUGACUACUAUGAUGAGUAUCACAUUAAUACUUUGGGAUCACAUUUGACUGUCCGCAAAGCGACCAAAAAGGAUGCCGGCACAUACGUGUGCAUUGCUUAUAAUGAGAGAUAUAACACAAGAAAAACUGUGGAGCUAAUUGUUUGGGAAGGAAAGCCAGAGAUUACAGCCCAUCCUCAGAAGACUUACAUUCCUCCACUUCACACAGUCGUACUCGUUUGUCAGUAUAGGUCUGAAGCUCCUGUACAUGUCGAGUGGUAUAAGCAUCAUAGAAAAAUUGACUCAAAUUCACGUACCAAAUUUGAAAUAAUACCACAGCAGGGAAAACAUCGUGCAAGUUUGCAGUUGUACAAUGUGUCUGAAGUGGAUGCUGGCGAAUACCAUUGCACUGUAAUCAAUAAUGUUACCGGUAAUUGUACAGAAUCAGAUCCUGGCAAACUACGAGUAUCGGCGCUAUUGAACAAGACCGAGGACAUCAAUCAGUAUGAAGUGUUGUAUGGCGGUCGACGGAUGCUGACUUGUAAUAAUCGUGGUCAUCAAGUUUGGAAGGUAGAAUGGCUCCUCAACAACUUCAGAGUAGACCCAGAGAUUUCCCCUCGAUAUCAAACUCAGAAAAAUGGAAGUCUGGAGAUUGUCGACAUAACAUAUGCAGAUGAACUGGAAAACAUCUCCUGCAUUCCUAGACUUCACAACCGAUCACUUGUCUGUGUCGAACAUCAUUCACUAAUCGUACAUGCCAUUCCAAAUAUCGUGAGGUUCAAACAAUUAUCUUUGACAACACUUCACAUCGAGUGGAGCUUUCCAUUCAAAAGAUCUAAGACAAAAUCUUUCAGUGAAAUCAGUGAAUAUCGUGUCAUUGUGACAGCUCAGAGAGACGACCAUUCUGUAGCUGUUAGCCUGCCACCGCAUCAAAACAAUUAUACUAUUUCAGCCAAUGAAUCAAUUUUUUUUGUUCAAGUGACUACAUUGACAAAGUCGAGACAGGCCAUUUCUGGCAAGCCAAUCAGAAUUGAAAUGAGCCAGUCAUUCUUUACAGAGCCAACAAUGCAUAUGAAAGUAACGACAACUGACUCCGUCAUAUCUACUGGAAGUACAACUACAAAUGCAAGGGAACAUACACUACCUGCAGUAUUUGCAAGAGGGCAGAAAAAACCGCCGGCUACCAGUGGAGCAGAAUAAGAAACAGUUCAGAGUCAACAUGUUUUUUCUAUAUGUCCUGACUGUGGAAAGAGUACACAGAUGAUCAACAGGCACGAGUCUGUUGAAAGGUUUCAGUAGACUUUUGCUCAACUGACAGCUCUGACAGAGCAUUAUAUAUCUGCACUCUACAAUGUUGACAUCAAUCAAGUAAUAGUACACAACUUUGAGUUUCAUUCAGCAACUGAUAUGAAUUUUGUACCUACAUCGGAAGGGAAGGAGACAGAGGAGACCACAGCAAUUUCAUUUUUAGAGCUUCUUCAAACAAGAGCGAGAAUGAAGAUUCUACCAGUAGUAUAUGAUGUCGAACUGGAUGUGUCAUUGACAUGCCUCUUCAGCCAAGAUGCUUUCAACCAGGCAGUUAAGGAAUUAAGGAAUUAUUCUUACAGCUACAGAGAGGGGAGAGAGGGGGAGAGAGAUGAGAAGGUGCAAACAUACUUGUUUCUCUGUUUGUGUCAGAGUGUAGUAAUGCAGUGCAUUGCAGUACGCAGUAAAUUAUGGUACCUUGUUUGCCAGCUACAAAACUAUACUAAGCUAGAGUUUCUAGGUAUGCUUUGUUUUACUGUGACUCGAUCUCCAUCUCAUUUUUUGGUGGUGUUGCUGAUAAGUUUCUGAUUUUCACUGAGAUUUCUUUUGAAAGUUGGGCAUAUGAAGCUUUAUGCCGGGAGGUGUACCAAUUAUACUGUCAUA